AUGGAUAGAAAGGGUUUAUUAAGUAGUCCACUCAAAAAUAGAGGAUGUACUGAUAUAGUUCCACUGAUAAUAUUUGUACUGUAUUUAGGGGGUAUGGCAAUAGUAGCUGUAUUUUCUGUAAAUUAUGGUGAUGCUUUUCGCCUAGUCUAUGGCUAUGACAGCUAUGGUAAUACAUGUGAUGAAGAUAAUACUGGCAAAAAUAUUAACAAUAUUUCACUGUCAGGAUUAAACCAAAAAGGAAAACCGUUUUUAUUCUUCAUGGAUAUGAACAACCCAAGUGAAUCUUUAGCCAUAUGUGUAAAUACUUGUCCUGAUAGAGAAUUACAAGAUAUAGAAGAAGUAUAUCAGUUUUCUGUUCAAACUGGUUCCUUUCUGUGUCGUUAUGAUAUAGAUAUAGAAAGAUAUACACACACUAACAGAAGUCAACUAGGACCUUGUCCUAUUACACCUGUCAAAACAAGUGUUCCCUUACUAAACAGAUGUGUUCCUAGUGAAUUAAUGAGAUUACCGUUUGAAAUAUCAUCAUCUAUAAUUAAAUAUUUAAAUGAUACUGAUAUAUUUCAAAACAUUUUAACAGAUUUAUAUAAAAGCUGGAAAGAAAUGUUUGGACUAUGUUUUCUGUCAUUCGCUCUGUCCUUGAUCAUGGUUUUAUUGAUACGUUAUAUAGCAUCAAUAAUAGUGUGGUUAAUAUUAGCCAUAUCAGUCAUAGCUAGUACAGCUUCCUCUGCAUUUUUAUGGUGGACUUACGCUGGUUUUAAAGAGAAGUUAGACCAUGAUCAGCGUGUCAAUCUACCAUUGUUAUCUGCAGAAAUCGAUAGUGAAAUCAUUUUUCUCAUAUUUUCUAUCAUUGCUACAAUAUUAACUUUGCUAUUAUUACUAGUCAUAUUGAUCAUGAGAAAAAGAAUAUCAUUGGUAGUGACUUUACUUCAAGAAGCUAGUAAAUGUUUAGCAGCUAUGCCUUGUUUAUUACUUCAACCAGUAUGGACCUUUUUACUACUGAUUGUGUUCUUUGUGUUUUGGGUUAUUAUUUUGGCCUAUAUAUCAACAUCAGAUAAAGUCACCAUCAAUAAACAUGGUUUUGUACAAUAUAAAGAACAUGAAAUAGUGGUAUAUUUUUGGUGGUACCAUUUAAUAGGGUUAAUAUGGUCUAGUGAAUUUAUUAUAGCUUGUCAAGAGUUAACUAUAUCAGGUGCUGUUGCUUCCUGGUAUUUUACUAGAGAUAAAGAUGGUUUAAGUAUUCCAAUAGGCAAAUCUAUGUGUAGAACAAUAGCAUAUCAUUUAGGUUCUGUUGCUUUUGGAUCAGCUAUAAUAACUAUAGUUAAAAUUCCUAGAUUACUUUUGACGUUUGUAAAGAAAAGAAUAAAAAAUGCUGAUAAUUGCUGUGCUACAUAUUGUUUGAAAUGUUGUACUUGUUGUUUAUGGUGUUUUGAAAAGUGCCUGAAAUAUUUACAUUCUAAUGCUUAUACUAUAAUUGCAAUCAGUGGUAAAAAUUUCUGUAUAUCAGCUAGAAAGGCAUUUAGAUUACUAACUAGCAACAUUUUACAAGUCUCAUCCAUCAACAGUAUUGGUGAUUUUGUAUUAUUUCUUAGUAAAAUAGGUGUUGUAGGAGCCACUUGUGCUGUUGGUAUCAUAUGGUUGAAGAGCCAUGGUGAUUUACAUAAUUUUGCCAUUCCUGUACUGCUGUGCUGUGUUUUUGCAUACUUUGUAGCUCAUUGUUUUUUUUCUGUUUUUGAGAGUAUUAUUGAUGCCUUGUUGUUAUGUUUCUGUGAAGAUUGUGAUCUCAAUGAUGGUUCUGUAGAACGACCUUAUUUCAGCAGUAAAUCAUUAAUGGCAAGUUUUUUUUUAUUAUUAACUUAG